AUCGUACAAACAUGGCAUUCCGAGUAUCCUAUUUGAUUUUUAUUGGCUGUGUUAUGGUGACGUUGGUUAAUGCCGCAGCCAUUGACAACUCCGUGUACAGUGUUGAGCCAAGGAUUCGGUCCAGUGAAGAAUUAAUCUCGAAUAUUGUUUCUGAUUGUUUCCAUGCUGAUGCCAUGCAUUGCAUGAAAGAGCGAGUGUUGAUCUUUUUGAAUAGCAUGGCUGGAGUCGAUGAAGAACAGGGACGUUCAUUUUCCGAGGAUAACAUCGAAAAAGUUAUUGUGGAUCGUGUUGGAAGAAUUUUGAACACAAAUGAGUUCCGUUUGCAAUUGCCUCAGACAUUCUUCCAAAGCUCGGUGAUGACUUAUCGUGCUGAUCGUGGAUUUGACUUGGAGUUACCGACCGAGGGUGAAGCUCGAGGACUUUUAUUAAAGAAGAAGCUUCUUUUGCCAGUUCUCUUAUUGAUGAAGCUUAAAAUGAAGCUUUUGAUGCCAUUGAUUGUUAUGUUGGUUGGACUUAAGGCCACAAAAGCUUUGAUCUUAUCGAAAAUCGCUAUUAAGUUGGUACUUGGAUUCCUUAUCUACAAUUUGGUGAAGAAACUGGGAGGUAUGAAGAUGAACAUGAUGCCAAUGAUGCCAAUGCCAGAGCCAAUGACCGCUUAUGGUGCACCAAUUUCCAGUACUACAGCUUCAUCAUACGAUCCUGCUAGUUGGGAGCCAAUGAGCGGAGGUCCCUAUGCCCGUUGGGACUCCACACACUCUGGAUCAGCUCAUAACUUGGCUUAUAGCUCGUAUUAUCCAAGUAGCUCAUCGUAUUCAUCGGGAAGUUCAUCAGGUUCAUCGUCAUCGUCGAGUGCUAGCUCACCCUCAUCAAGCUAUAGUAGUUCAUCUUAA